AUGGAACCAUACAAUGAAGUUAUCUACCAACUUAGUGCUCAAGAGGAAAACAAGAAGAAGUCAAUUAACGACUAUGUUGCAUCAUUAAAUCAAACCAAUAUACUUUUUUCUAAAGUACUUCAAAGUCUCAUGGAAACGUCAGCAGCAAAUAGUCAGACAAUAAUAUCUUUUAUUGAAAAACAAUCUUCUUCUCAAUUGUCUCAGAUAGAAUACUUAAAACAACAAAACCAACAACUCCAACUCCAAAUCAAUCAGUUACAACAACAAAUCAAUGCUUUACAAGGAGCUCAUGAUUCAACAAAACUUCAAUGCAGUAACUUAAUUAAAGAAAUGGAUAAACAAAACACUAAUCACCCUUUUGUUCAAAGUCCUAGGUACUCACCUCUAGGACUCCACGUACAAGGUUCUCCAACUACUUCAAUCUACUCAACUGACAAUUAA